AUGGACUCACAGCUCACCCACGUCAAUUCGUCCGAGUGGCCUGACCGGCGAGCCCAUAUCGAGCUCGUCUUCGAUCACGACAGCUUGACCAAUGCGAACCUCUUGGUCAAAGGCGGCACGAUGGUCAUAUGCUGCAUCAGAACAGGCCGCUCCAUGUCGCGCACAGAGCUAUUUCAGGCAGGACCCAUCGAUGAGCCUUUACAGCCGAACGGUGGUGCGCCGACCAACCUAGUACGAGCCGCACGCAUCGACAGGAACGAGAUCCUCCCGGAUGCCGUGACGUUCGCCGGUAUGCAGGAGAUAAUGACGAAGAAGUGGCUGCAAGGCAACACGUUCAGCGCAAACUUCCCGGGGUCUGGCGAGGUUCGCUACAUUCGGAAGCCCACCAGCAUGCACGAGCUUGCGGUCAAUAGCUGA